AUUCCAGGCAGGAGGCCGCGUGUCGCCAGCGCUGCCCUCCCACACGGCCCCGCAGCGUCGCUUCUCGCCUCCCCCGGAUUCCUCCUGGAGAGCCAGCCAGCCUGUACGGGCGGCUCCGUGUGCUGCGGGCGGAGGACUGGGCUUCCCUUCCCGGACGCUGCCCGUCGGAUCCGCAGCACCUCGGCGCGGAGCCGGGCUUUCUUCAGCUGGCCUCGACGGGGCCGUGCGGCGCCUUGCAGGGACCCGCGGUGCAGCCCCCGCUGCCGGGCGGCCGCGGCGGAGCGCACAUUGUUCUAGCGGCCCGUCCCUCUCUCCUCCCUCCUCCGCCUCCCGUCCCUCUCUCCUCCCUCCCCAGGUCCCUCCUUCCCUCGUCACCGGCGCUGUAUAAAUCCCCUGCCCCGGCGGAUCGCCCCACCGCGGGAGACCCUGGUACUUUGGCCCCCGGGGCAGGAUCCUGCCGCCGCCUACGGACCGCGGGGACUUUGCCCUCCCGCCGCUGACCCCCUCCUCGCUCUCUCCCUCCCUCGCACGGUUUCCCCCCGGCCUCUUCGCAACCGGGGCUCCAGGAUGUCGGAAAAACGCGUCGAGGAGGCACCGGCGGAGCUGAGCGCUAAGGAAAGGAAAGAAAAGAAGGAAAAAAUCGAAGAGAAAGCAGUCCACAAAGAAAAGAAGAAGGAGAUAGUAGAGGAUGAGGAGAACGGAGCUGACGAGGAUGAUGAAGAAAAUCCUGAUGAUGUGGAUGAAGAAGAUGGUGGUGAUGAGGAUGAAGAUGCAGAUGAGAAUGGGCAAGAGCAGGAUGGCCACGCAGAGAAACGAUCUGCAGAGGAAGAAGAGGAUGAAGUGGAUCCAAAGAGACAGAAGACAGAAAACGGCUCUUCAGCUUGAGUCCUCCCCUCCCAUCUCCCCUGUUCCGUCCAUCUCUCCUCCUCCAUUCCAGCCUGUGCUUGCACUGCCCGUUAGCCUCUGGCUUCACACAAUCUCAGAUGAGGAAAGGUUAGAAAUGUUCUCAAACAGGGAAGACAGCAAU